ACAGAACACCUUCAGUGUGUGGCUGGCUUCUGUGGAAUACGGGACAUUCGGUAUUGCUUCUCACCUUUUUUUUUGCUUUUAGUAUUGCCUUUCGGUUAUUUUACGCCUUUGGUAUUGGUUCUCGGUUUGUGAUUGGACCGACUGUUUCGAACCUGCACGCGAAGUCUCGUUCCUAAAUAGAACUCUAGAUGGAGCGCAACCGAGCAGAGGGAGCCACGGAGCGAGCAUAAGUGACCAGGAAGAGACACUUACAACCCACCUCAUCCCCCCCAACCCCCCCAAAAAAAAGAAGUGAAGACUAGAACCCGUCGCCGCCAAGAUGAGGCUUGCCAUCUUCAACGCCAUCUUCAUCUUCUCCUACUGUACCUGGAGGGUGUUGGCUUUGCCUGAUAGCAUAAACAUAGGUGGCAUUUUCGACGCCAAUGACGAGAGACAGGAGCUGGCCUUCAGGUACGCCGUUGAGAAGAUCAACGCUGACCGCAAGAUCCUCCCGAGGUCGACCUUGAGAGCCCAGAUCGAGAAGCUACCGGCUGACGACUCCUUCCACGCUUCCAAACGAGUAUGCAAGUUACUGCGCAACGGGGUGGCGGGCAUAUUCGGUCCACAGAGCGAGAACACGGCCAAUCACGUCCAGUCCAUCUGUGAUGCCAAGGAGGUACCCCACAUCGAGACGCGCUGGGACUACAAAGUGACUGGGGACGUCUACUCAGUCAAUCUCUACCCUCAUCCUCCGGCUCUUAGUCAGGCGUACCGUGACAUUCUAAUGCAACUCCAAUGGAAGAACUUCGUCAUCCUGUAUGACAGCAACGAGGGUCUAGUGCGCCUUCAGUCUCUCCUGCAGGAGAAGGCUUUCAGCAUCACCAUCAGGCAGCUGACUUCAGAUGGAGACUACAGGCCACUGCUGAAGAGCAUCAAACGGAGUGGAGAAACUUGCAUCCUCCUGGACGUGGCCCAGGAGACCAUUUACACAGUGCUGAAGCAGGCUGCCCAGAUAGGUCUCAUGACUGAUUACUACAACUACUUCAUCACAUCUUUGGACUUCAACUUGAUUGACAUUGAGGACUUCCGCUACAGCAACACGAACAUCACGAGCAUUCAACUCAUCAGUCCGAAGGAUCCUCAAGUGCAGCAGAUUGUCGAUAGCUGGGUCCAGGGAGAGCUGAGGUAUGGAAGAAGUCUUCCAAUGCACCUCCGCCACAUCACGACGGAAGCAGCUCUGAUGUACGAUGCUGUGCACGUCUUUGCCAAGGCCCUCGACGACCUGGACUCCUCCAGUGAGAUAGGGAUCCACAGUGAGCUCUUCUGUGAAAGUGACCAGACAUGGAAGCAUGGCAACUCCCUCAUCAACUUUAUGAAAUGGUAUAGUUCCAGGCCAUAUGGAGCCGGGUCUCGCCCUUCCAGCCCCUACUCCAACAUGUCGAGGUAUCCCUACUAUGACAGAUUAGACGGGCUGACAGGUCUCAUUAAGUUCAACACAGAAGGGUUCAGGUCUGACUUCCAGUUGGACAUCCUCGAAGUGGAUGUCAAAGAAGGCCUGAAGAAGGUGGGCACCUGGACCCAAGCAGGAGGUGUCAACUACACAAGGUCUUGGGCAGAGGCCGUUGAAACUGUGGAGACGAAUCUGCUUAAUAAGACCCUUAGAGUUUCCAUAGCUCUGACCUCCCCUUACGCAAUGCUAAAGGAGAACCCAGAGCGACUGAAGGGCAAUGACCGCUAUGAAGGUUUCUGCAUUGAUCUGAUUGACGAGAUCGCUAAAAUCCGAGGGUUCAACUACACUUUCCACGAAGUAGGUGACAAGAACUACGGCAGCAAAGACCGCACGACUGGAGAAUGGAAUGGCAUCAUCAGAGAACUACUUGAUCAUAAAGCUGAUCUGGGUAUUGUCGAUUUCACCAUAACAUACGAGAGAGAGGAGGCAGUUGACUUCAGCAUGCCUUUCAUGAACUUGGGUAUCAGUAUCAUCUACAAGAAAGCCCAGAAGAAGCCACCCAACCUCUUCUCUUUCACCUCUCCAUUUUCUGGAGACGUCUGGAUCUACAUGGCCACUGCAUACUUAGGGGUGUCCGUUCUUCUCUUCAUCUUGGCAAGGAUGGUGCCAGAAGAGUGGGAUAACCCUUAUCCGUGCAUCGAGGAACCGGAAGAGUUAGAGAACAGCUUUACUUUACUCAACUGUCUGUGGUUUAUUAUCGGAACCUUCUUGUGCCAGGGAGGCGACAUUGCACCAAAGGCUGUCUCCACCCGCAUCGUGGCAGGAAUCUGGUGGUUCUUCACACUGAUCAUGAUCUCGUCUUAUACUGCAAACCUUGCUGCUUUCUUGACUGUCGAGAGGAUGGACUCCCCCAUCGAAAGCGCAGAGGAUCUGGCUAAACAGACCAAGAUCAAGUACGGGUGUAAGAAGGACGGCUCCACCUACAGUUUCUUCCGAGACAGCAACAUCCCCACCUACCAGAGGAUGUGGGCUGCCAUGAGCAACGCCCGCCCCUCGGUCUUCACCGAGAGCAACGAGGCCGGCGUCGAGAGGGUCUCCAAGUCCAACGGCAUGUAUGCUUUCCUGAUGGAGUCCUCCACCAUCGAGUACGUGGUCGAGCGCAAGUGUGACCUGACCCAGAUCGGUGGCCUUCUCGAUUCCAAGAGCUACGGUAUCGCCUUGCCUCCAGGAUCGCCCUACACUGGUCCGAUCAGCUCCGCCAUUUUGAAGCUUAAAGAAGAUGGUGAAUUACAUAUUCUGAAAACAAGAUGGUGGAAAGAACGGAAAGGUGGAGGCCGCUGUGUGACUGAGGAGAGCAAAGACGCUGCGAACUCGGCCGAACUGGGUAUCCAGAAUGUGGGCGGUGUCUUCGUGGUCAUGGUGGCUGGGUCGGUGGCUGCCAUCUUCCUGGCCUGCUGCGAGUUCAUGUGGAAGGCGCGGAAACUGGCCACUGAAGAAGGGGCCUCCUUCGGCGAGGAGCUGAGGAAGGAGCUGCUCUUCAUCGUGAACUGCAGCGAGAGUUCGAAGCCCGUCCGCAAGAAGUCGUCUCCGGCCGAGACCGACUCUUCCUCGAUAUACGACGAGUCGUCCUCCACUUACGGCUAACCGGCCGCGGAAGGACCUAUGUAUAGUCGCCCCGCGGAUAUGACGAGGACGACCUACUACGACGACGACGACUGAUUGAGAGAACCGAUGACGACCCGAUUAUCCCCGAUCGACCUAAUGACCAAUUCUGAUGAUUAAGCUGAUUCUGAAGACUCUGAUGAUUGUAAGCUGACUCUGAUGAUUAAGCUGACUCUAAUGACUCUGAUGAUUAAGCUGAUUCUAAUGAUUAAGCUUACUCUAAUGACACUGAUGAUUGUAAGUUGACUCUGAUGACUGAUGAUUAAGCUGACUCUGAUGAUUUACCUGACUCUAAUGACACUGAUGAUUAAGCUGACAUCUUGUGAGGAUUAGAUUUAUAUGAUAUCUCCUCUGACGAUUAAGCUGACUCUAAUGACUCUGGUGAUUAAGCUGACGUCUCAUGCGACGAUUAAAUUGAUAUGAUAUCCCCUCUGAUGAUUAAGCUGACUCUAAAGUUUGAUGAUUAAGCUGAAUCUAAUUAUUAAGCUGACGUCUCAUGUGAGGAUUAGAUUGAUGCAUCUCCUCUGAUGAUUAAGCUGACAUCCACCACGAAGAUUAGUUUAAUAAAUCUCCUCUGAUGAUUAAUUCUUGACAUCUCCCAUGAGGAUUAGAUUGAUCUGAUAUCUCCUCUGAUGAUUAAGCUGACUGAUGAUUGAGUUACGACUGAUGUUAGGACAAGAUUAAUAUGAUAUCUCCACUGAUGAUUAAUCAAUAUGAUAUCUCCUCUGAUGGUUAAUCAAUAUAUCUCCUCUGAUGCUUAAUCAAACAUAGACGAGGAUUCAGGUGUCAUUUCCUGUGAUGAUUAAUAUGAAUAAUGCCGUGAUGAUUAAUCUGACAUUCAUGAUGAUCAGUCUCACAUCUCCUCUGGUGAUUAGUCUGACAUUUCCUCUGAUGAUUAAUCUGACAUUUGUGAUACCAAUUUAUCAGGGCUCAAGAGAGAAAUCCCUUCUCCGAUUAUCUAAUAAUCAUGAUUAACCGAGGACUGAUAGCAACCUGAUAUCCUCAUAUGAUGCCAACCGAUCAUUGAUUGAUAGCGAACCGAUAUUUUUUUGUGGUGCUGAUCAAUGAGAGAUUGACAGCGACCCGAUAUUGUCUCGUGGGGCUGAUUGAUAAAGGAUUGACAGGGACCCGAUAUUGUCUCAUGGUGCUGAUAGACAGGGGACUGACAGCGACUGAUAUUGUCUCAUGGUACUGAUCGAUAAAGGAAGGACAGCGACCUGAUUUGAAUCCUGACAUUUGCUGCUAAAGUCUACUUAUUAAGGCUACGCAGGCUUGAAAAUACAACAAUGCAUUCGUUUGCAAUAAUGAGAAAGAGAAAUUGAUCAACCAGCCAGUUCUUCCUUUAUGUGCUGCCUGCGCUGGGUCACUAAUGUUGACUGCAAGUCUCAGUGAUGCUAGUUGAUUUACAAGGUAUGACCCAUUAACACUUUAUGCUCAGAUCACAUCUUAUAGGUCAAGGAAGCUCUGCACAGUUUUGCCUUGCAGACGUCAUCACUUCAGUAGGACAAUCCUUUCUAAUCUGAUAUGAUUGGUUUGGUACCGUAUUGAAUAAAUGGCGCCUCGUUGAUAAAGGUCAACGAAGAAUGCUCUCCUACAUCUUUCCUCAGUCAUGCACAGAAAGGAAUGACACAAUGAUUUUUUGGAGUAGACAUUAUUUUUUGACAGAUUUAUCUUUACCUUUAGGGAAUGGUCACCAAUGAAUGUUGUAUCCAUAUCUCUCUUUUAUGACCUAAGUUGGCUCAACUUACAUAUCAUGUUCUUUUGAGUGGAAUUCAAACAUUCUACAUAUUUAUGUUUUCUAUAAGAAACUCGGAGUCAGUCUUUGCUUCUAAUUAUAUAUAUAUAUGUAUAGGUCUUUGCCUCAACUAUAACUUGAACUGUGAUUGUAUUCCACUUGUAGUUUCUACAAUGCUCAUUGCUUAUCGCCUUUGAUUGUCCCUACAGGGAUUAGAAGACGUUGGAUGCUGUAGAAUAGAAGCUGUGUGAAAUCUAAAAUCAUAAAAAUACCUUAUGUACAUACUGAUCAGAUCAGUAUGUACAUAAGGUAUUUUUAUGAUGUCACUCCACAUAUAUUGUUGAUACUUGAAUAACUGAAUCUUUGUAAUGACCCUGGUUAGUAGAAAGGGGAACUUGUCAAUGUGAAGUUUGAGAUUGUAAUUUAUAGUAUUCCAGUAUUAUUUUAAGUGCCACGAUUUGCGAAGUAAAACUUUGCUUUAGCUGACUUUGUUGUGACGGAUGUAUAACAACCAAGAAUAGAACAUGCUAUUUGUGGCAAAGGUUUUAAUGCUAGUUUAUUUUAUUUGUAAGGUAGACAGUCUUCAGCAUUGGUUAUCAACAUUACAACGUGUUUGUAACACAUGAUAGCUACAGAAUUACUUGCUUCUGAAGUGUACACUUAAGUGAUUACUGUUCUGUAGGACUUAGGAUUCUUGUAAUCUUAGCAGUGAGCAGUUGUCUCAGCUGCUCACUGAGCUUACUGACCUCUGAAGAAGCAGAGGCCCUGUAAUAUAUAAUUUAUAUUAUUUAAAUUGUCAGUGGGUGUCACAUGAACUCGGUGGUUUGACGUGUUCUCCUGUUUCUGUCUAAAAACUUUUAAUUGCUUUAGAUUUUUUCCUGUUAUUAACAUCAUUCAGUAGAUACUUUUUGACAUAAUUUCAUAACAACGGUCUUCUGAUGAUAUCAAUAAUUAUUGUCAAUAACUACAUGAGAUCUUACCGGCCCUCUGUUGUCAUUUCAGCCCUUACCAUAAUACUGCGCCAUCAGCAGUCCCAAACGGCAACUGUCCUUAAUGCUCAAUAAAUAUGUCAUUAACCGCUUUUUGGGACUGUUAGCGAUGAUAUAUUUUGCCAUUAACUGCUAGGUGCCCUCAGUUUUGCUUAUACUACAAAUAUGAAUGGCCAUAUGCAAGAUCUAGUUGAAAGCAAUAGCUUAUUCGCUUUUACAGAGUUAUUUGUUUACACGUAAACGUCAUUGGCGCAGGGUUCAUUUAUUGUGUAAGGAGGAUAAUCCCAACUAUACAUUCUUACAAAGUUCAUAGUUUUCAGGACGAUUUGCAAAUCAUGUAACAAAAUUUACAAAAGCUUCCGCCCUGAAGACUGACCUCAUAUCUACCCCCGUUUGGUGCACUUGGUACUGACUAGCCGUUGUAAGUUUUAUUUUUUCGUGAAUUUUGGGAAGCAACUGUCGCUUUCAGCCUGUGAUAAGCACAGUUGCUACUGUUGUCUGCGACAGUUUUGAACAGCGACUUUUCUUGUACAUAAGUGUUAGUGGAAGUGUACCUUGAAAGAGGGAGUUUACACAUUUUUAUUUUAACUUUCUGCCGUUUCAUGUGACACAUUCUCUCCGUCACUGAUGUUCGUUGUUUUUUCGUAGGUAGUUCCAGUGGUAAAACCUCUGAUAAAACAUUUUGCCAAAAUAAAAAAAAAUCUUAGUUUGCAGCAAUCUUCACAGUUAACUAACAUUUGAAAGCUUAGGUUGUUUUUCUGAGUUUAAUGUUAUGCUAGAUCGAUGCAAUUAGUAUCAGAGAACUUUCACAGCAGGCUGCUUGAAGUGAAUGUGGUGUUUGUAUCUUACAAAAUGCUAAAGCAUCAUAGUAGAACUGAGUAUCUAAAUAGGUAUAUACACCCUACAGCAUACCUGUCAACUCAAGUAACUUAGUUCUUGUCAGAUAUAGAAUCAAUAUAUGUACUCUCAAGUAACUGAGUUCCUUUGAGAUUUAGAAUAAAUAUCUGCUAAGC